AUGUAUGACAAAUAUAGUAGAGUUCCACAAGAGCGCAAGCCACUUGACUGGGAUCGUGUUAAUGUCGAAUGGGCCAAGAUUUUUGGUGAAAAUGCGGACCAAAUUCAGUUUCCAAGUUUUAUGAAAACAAUUGAAGCUGCUUUCACUGCUAACCCCGAUGUUUUUGUGGCAUCAUUGCAAACUGCACAAAAGGAAGUUGCUGUUAUUCCACCUAAUCUUAAAUCAAAAACACCAUUAGAUCAAAGCCUCAUUUUCUUUUCAUAUUUUGGUAAAGUAUUCAAAUUCGAUGAACUCGAGCAAUUCGUACUCAAGCCUGAUAUCUCAGAAAAUAGGUUUAAGCAACACUUUUCACCAGAAACUCAUCUUAUUUUUUCAUCCAUUAUUUACAUUUAUAAUCAACUUAUUAAUUCAAUUCAGAAAAAACUCUAUCCUAAAUUCUGUACCCUCCUUUCGACAGAAUUCUCGAAAUUACUGAUCCCAACCGAAUCUCGUUUCUUUAACAACACUACAUUUAAAUUAGACGCUUAUUAUAUCUGCCCUUGCCUUUUCACAGUCAUGGGAGGUCAAGAAACGCAAGCUUUUAUCAAGUUUACUUUAGAUUCAAAGAUGAUAAUCACAAAUGCUGAAUCUAAAGAGGUAAUCGACACAAUUAAUUUUGAAGAUUACGCUGUAGUCAGAAAUAGCGAUACUCUCGAGCUAUUCAAAGAUAGUUUUGAUGCAAAUAUCAACAUAAAAUUCCCAUCUACACAAACCGCUUCAAUAACAGCUGGUCUUAUAAUGGAACAACCUCCUAUUGGCUUCAACAUCAUUUUAACAUUCUUACAAUCCGUUGCUGGCAUGAAAUCCAUCAAAGAAUUUUUCAAAUCAGAUUCGAUACAAGAACCCGAAGAAUACACCAAGGGAUUAGACCUUAUCAUCAAUAACAAUGGUUGCGAACUCCUUAUUUAUACGUUUUUACUUCCAUCAACCGAAAUCAAGGAUUACAACGAGAGUCUCGCACCUCUCCUACUCACUCUCGUUGGAGACAGAAUAUAUCCGUUCUGGAGAACCGUAAUCGAGCUGAAUUGGAUUGAAUUAAUUAUUGGUGAUACAGUUUUACGUACAAACAAACCUCUUUCAUUCACAUCGACUUGCCUCCUCAAAGCCUUUGCCUCAGAGUACGUCAAGGACAUGAUUACGAGCUUCAACGCCUUACUUAAAGAGCAUGGCCAAGCAAUUCAAAGCGGAAAGAUAAAUACGCCAGAAGAUGCCGAGAAUUAUGCCAAGAAUAUAUUUUUACCAGCUGCUAAUAUCGUUUUCUCUUCAAUUCCGAAGAUGCCACCGGAAAUGAGAUUUAUUCUUCGAACUUUCUUCAUCAGAACAGCUGGCCACUACGUCAAUGAGCGUGCUAAUAUCAAUAUUAUUCCAAACUUGUUCCUUCUUCGUUUUGUUAUUGCAGAAUUAGUCAAAUCUGCCGGUGCCUUCGUUAAACUGGCAAUUUUACUUGGUGCAUCACUUCUUUCUCUCUUCUACAUGUCAGGAUGGUCAGCUUCCAAAGAGGCAGAGCUGGAACUUUCGAAACUUAACGACAUUUACAUGAAACCACUUUUCCCAAAGAUUCUGAGAUUCAUUCUCGACAUGAUCGAUGCAACUGACUGCAACAUGGAUGUUAAGACAAUGAGUUACACAGGAAACCAUACAAAAACGACUUUUCUUGAACAUUCCGCUGAAAGAUUGUCUCUCAUGAACUUGCCAAUACCAAAUAAGGCCAUUGAAACACACAUGUACUCUGUUUCCAUAAUGCAGAUGAUUGAAGAAUUCUCGUUUGACUUCACAAAACUCCCUAAGGAAUGA